CAGGCGCGGGCGCUGGCAGAGCGCGCGGCGAAGGUCCGCGACGGGAUCAGUGUCGCGGGCGGCUGCUGUCGACCCCCAUCGGGCCAGCCGCCUCCACAGACCCACCUUCCCCACGCGGCUGGAGGCGCGGAGCCCCGAGGGACUAGUCCCCACGCGCUGCGGCUCAGCUGCUUCGCUCCUCUGGGCGUCGGGCUCAGGCUCUCCGGACCGCCUGGUGUCCUCGCCUCCGGGGCGGGAGGCAGCGGCGCCCCGGGAUGGCUUCGGCGGGCAGCGGCAUGGAGGAGGUGCGCGUGUCGGUGCUGACCCCGCUGAAGCUGGUCGGCUUGGUGUGCAUCUUCCUGGCGCUGUGUCUGGACCUGGGGGCGGUGCUGAGUCCGGCCUGGGUCACCCGGCGUCCCACGCCCUCUCCCUCCUCCCGUGGCCAUUCCUCCCGCUCUGGAGUAACAGACUGGCAGAUUGCUACUCUGGCUUUACUCUUGGGUGGUGCUGCCAUCAUUCUCAUUGCAUUCCUGGUGGGUUUGAUUUCUAUCUGCGUGGGAUCCCGAAGGCGCUUCUACAGACCUGUUGCUGUCAUGCUUUUUGCAGCAGUUGUUUUACAGGUUUGCAGUCUGGUUCUUUACCCAAUCAAGUUCAUUGAAACUGUGAGCUUGAAAAUUUACCAUGAGUUCAACUGGGGUUAUGGCCUGGCUUGGGGUGCAACUAUAUUUUCAUUUGGGGGUGCCAUCCUUUACUGCCUGAACCCUAAGAACUAUGAAGACUACUACUAAAACCAAGUCUCAGAUUUUAAAAAAAAAUAGAAAAAGCAACCAUCCAGCAAAAGAUUUACAUCUGCAUCUUUUCUAACUCACUAUUUUCUAAAACACUUGUGGAGCAUCAAGCAGUUUGCUCAGUUGAUUUAAUAUCCUUUGCCUUUUGGCUGUCAACAUCAUAACCAGCUUUUACAUCCAUUUUAGGGACCUGCACAAAUUAAGAGAGCUGUUUAGACGUAGGCAAAUGCUGCAAACUUCCAAUAUGUUCAUGUCAUUUUUCUUGAAAAGUGAAGGGUCUGUAUGACAGCAACCAUUGUGGGAAACUAGUUGGAAUGAAAAUUGCCUGAGUCUCCUGUUGCCUGCAGGGGAGCAGCUGGCAUAGACAGCAUUUAGAAGUUCCUUUGUACACUGAAAAGGAUUCCACUGUUAGAGCCCUUAUCACCUGCUUAUCCCACCCAAUAAUUACAUUGGCUGUUGGUUAUUUGCUUGAGUGAGCUCUUGUAAAGUGAAUGCCCUUCAGCCUCUAAUGGGAGUUGUGAAUAUAACUGGUUAAUGGAACACAUUCCACCUUAGUGAAUACUCUUUAAUGGGAGGUUAUGCUUUGGCAAUUAGCAUCUCCCUGGGAAGGAAGUCAAGACUUGGAGACAUAUGCUUUUCAUUAUGUGAUUAGAAAUUGUGCCCCAGACCCAUCUAGAAUGGGGGAGAAAUAAGGGUCUCUGCUUUCCCUGGGACAAUCAGAAAGAAAUAUGCAUGAGUUGCUUUUGUACCCUUUAAAGCAUUUACGAAACAUUGCAGCAAACAAUUGUGUAUAUGUAACAAGCCUACGUAUUUUUAUAGAAUGUGAACCAUUAGUAUAAAUGGUAAUAAGUUGUUCCAUAACCAUCCACAUAUCAUUUACUAAUUACAUAUACAAUUAACAUUUGCUCUAGUGAAGUGGAUUGAAACACUAACCUUGUACACAUUGUUAAGAGGCUUAGAUUGGUAUUCACACUUAUUUACUAUAAAAAAAAUGCAUAUACCUUAAAGCUUUUGCUCUAUGUUCUGUACUGUUUCACUGGAAAGUGUUAAUAGAAUUGCCUAAGAAGAAAAAUUGAAAUGGUGUUAAUCUUAAAAUUAAUGAUUCUUCUGUAAGCACUGUAGUUCAAAAGAGAGUAGCAAUUAGAAUGAUCACUUUGUGUAAAAUUCAUUAAAAUAGAAGGCUGCUAUUUUUUGCAAGUAUUUUAAAUGUCUUCAUUUAAAAAAAAGAAAUAGUGAUAGAUUUAUAUAAAUUUCUUGAUAGAGGAGUAGAAUUUGUUUGGUUUUCACCUGGUCCUCUAAAGUUAACCGAUGGGCUGAUUUGUGCACACAAUUAUGAUGGGUUUAUGUUAGGGGAAUCAUUUACUGACUAUUUCAAGGGAAGGAAAUAUCAAUACUAGGUACUAAGUUUGCAACUAAUCUCUCAUUGCAAGCUUAUAUUAAUUCUGUUUAAUAUACAAAUUUGGAUAGUUUAAUUAUGAACCUAUUUUUAUAUAAAAUAUACAAUUCUAUAAAACUUAUAAAUAAUUAUUUUUGUUAACAAAGACACUAAAAUAAUAUGUUCUGGUUUGGCCCUUCUGCAGAAAGAAGCAUUGGAAAAAUAACUUAAAACGUUCCUGUGUGCUAUUGUAUUGAAAAAUCCAUUAAAAGUAGGACCACAUCAAUAGUGUUUAAUAAUUUGCUUUACCUCCCAGAACAGAGUUCUGCUUUCAGCUUGUCUUAAGAAUGGUUGCCAAAACAACAGCCCUCCUCCCCUCAAAUAAAACUAUUUUAUUAUUCAAAUGCCAAAAGGCCACAUCUUGUGAAUUUUCUAUAGAAUCAAAAAGUAAAUAUGAAGUACCAGGUUUAUUAUUACUAGGUUUAGUAGUGAUAGACAAAGGUGAUUAAAUGUAUCCUAGAGAGAAACCUUUAUAAACGUGUAUGAUUCUAUAAAGAAUCAUAAGAAACUAUGAGAGGAAAUUUUCCAGAAAGGUAUUAGCAUUAUAGAGUAUUUUGAAGUGAUUUUCUUGAGAAAUAGUAAAAUCUGGGGCAGACUGUAUUGCAGUUAAUUGCCUA